AUGAACCGACACAGAACAGACCAAAGACGGGCGAAUCUUGACAAGAUCGCCCGUUAUAUCAUCCGUCCACUCAGCCAAUCCUCGGACAGACAUGUGGGCAUGGACUUCUUGAAACAUUACGGCAUCAAAUACUACGAUAUGGGCUUCAAAACUGGUCAACUUAGGGAGAUUGGGUCUCCUUCGCUCAAGGACCGUCGAGAUUUCGGGAACGAGUUCUCUCAUGAGUUCGGAGAUAGUCCCCUAUGGGAAGCGACCUUUAUGUGGGAUCGCCUCUACACUUAUAUCUCUGAAUACGAGAAUGCCCAAGGAAAUUGUGUCAUCAUGACGGCUCGCACCACAUGGCUCGAUGUCAGCUGCGGUAGUUCCAGGCUCAUUAAUCGCCUAGGCGAAAAGAGCGCCAACUGGCAGCUCAAGGCUCUUCUUCGCCAACAUCUCCCCAACCCUUCACGCUAUGAUCGUGUACCUGAUCCUCAGAAGCCUCAUGCCAUGUGCUAUCUGGCAGAUGAAGCGCAGCUAGUAGACGACAAGCUCCUAGUCCAGCUGAAUACUAAAAAUAGUAUACACCAUACGUCGUUGUCUUGA